GUCCCACCCCAGCUGGGAAAGAAGCCUUAGAUAUCUGGUUGGAGCAAGCGACACUUCUAGUAGAGGAAGGCGAGUGCUCCGAUAAAGAAAAACGUAGACGCAUACUGGAAAGUCUCAAAGGGCCUGCCUUGGAUAUCACAUAGGCCGUGCGUCUGACUCAACCUGAUGCUAGUUCCCAGGAUUACAUAGAGGCCAUAGAGACCAUUUUCGGCAGAGUAGAGUCCGCAGAGGAGCUCUCUGUCAUUCAGAGCCCUUCACCAACAGCCUGGUGAGCACCUGUCUGAGUUUCUGCGAAGAUUAGAGAGGUCUCUUGUUAAAAUAGUCCAGGGAGGUGGCUUACCAGUUAGCGCUGCUAACAAAGCUCGGUUAGAGCAGUUAGUUAAAGGAUCCACUUCUGAGCUUAUGUUGCUUCAGUUGAAAAUAAGGGAGCGAAUGGAAAAUCCUCCUUCAUUCCUGAACUUGUUAAGAGAGGUGAUGGAAGAGGAAGGCUGCCAAGCAGCCAAACAGAGCCAGACCACUUCUAAGUGUCACCAAAGGGUUCGCACAGUUCAGGUGGAAAAGGAGAGAGAGUCUGAAGCGGUCACUCAGAGUGAACUGCAAGCUCAGAUUCAAGAGUUGAGAGCACAGUUAGAGGAAGGAAACCACUCAAGAAUUCAACCACUGUCUGAUUGCACUUUCAAACCCCCAACAGAGAAGCAAAAACAGAAAAGUGAUUCGCAGAGUGAAAUACGGUCACUCAGAAAGCAAGUGAAAGCACUAGAAAAUAAAAUGAGUGUGAUGGCGGUGAAGUCUACAAGUGAUCCCUCACAAGAACACUCAACUCAGUCUCGCAGACACAAAGCAGCUUCUUCCCCCAAGCCUGCUUCUUUUAAAGCAUCAUCUUCUAGAGAGAGUGAUGAAUAUUUCUGGUAUAAGUGUGGAGAAAAUGGUCACAUAGCUACAAGGUGCACUGCACCUGAGAACCCGCAGAAAGUCAUAAGAAAACUUAUACGAGUAGUACGAGGAGUAUCUGGUCCGAACAAGGAGGACCCAAAUCCUAGAGGAGAAGAGCAAUGCGUUGCUCGGACCAACAAGGUUGAAGUCCCAGAAACUGACACAGGCCUGCCCGAGGGUCUUUUAGGCCCGUCAUUUAUUCACACAGUCAAAGUCAAUGAUGUGGCCUGUGAUGCUCUUAUUGAUAGUGGGUCUAGCGUGACUAUUGUCUUUGAAAACUGGUAUAACCAACACUUGGCAAAUGUCCCCAUAAAACCUCUUUCUCGCUUGGGACUCUGGGGACUUGCUGACACAGAGUAUCCCUACAAAGGCUAUGUUGUUGUAGAGAUGGAGUUUACCAAGGAGAUCACUGGUGUCUCCGGGCGAGUAGAAGUGCUUGCAUUGAUUUGUCCUGACCCGAAAAACCAGCAACAAACCCCCGUGUUGGUGGGGACCAAUACGUCUCUGUUCCGCCGCCUAUGGGACUUGGUGCAAAUGAAAGGUGACCAGAACACAGCUCAUUCCAUGAGAAUUCAGUCUGUGUAUGCCUCCAGUAGGGAACAGGAGCAACUGCCAAAAAAUGAUGUGCUGGGACAGAUAAAAUGGAAAGGGCCCUGCCCUCUUUCUAUCGCCGCAGGAGCAAAUUGCUAUGCCACCUGCAAAGUAGACAGGCACAGUGCCCCCUCCAAAGACCUUAUCUUGAUUGAUGCACCCUCUACCCAGUUACUCCCUGCCGACGUGCUGGUACAGCCAGGUGUGCUCUCAGAUGCUGGCAUAGACAGCAAUAGCUUGAAUGUGCUCCUCCAAAAUGAGUCCACAAAGACAGUCUCCAUACCAGUGGGAUCUGUCAUUGCUGAAAUGUUUGCCAUGGAUACAGUGACCCCAGUCCAACCCUCUGACCUUGCCACUGAGAAAAUAGAUCCAAACCUCUUCGAUUUUGGGGACUCCCCUAUCUCUGAGGAGUGGAAAAGUAGACUUCGGCAGAAGUUAGCUGAGAGGAGAAAUGUCUUCUCAGUACAUGAGUGGGAUGUUGGCUUGGCUAAAGGGGUUGAACACCACAUUCGUCUACAUGACCCUAGACCGUUCCGGGAGAGGUCAAGGAGACUAGCCCCAGCCGACAUAGAUGAUGUGAGGCGACAUAUACAGCAGCUGUUGGCUGCUGGAAUUAUAACAGAGUCCCGUAGCCCCUUUGCCUCCCCAAUUGUUGUUGUGCGGAAAAAGAAUGGGGCUAUAAGAAUCUGUAUUGAUUACAGAACACUGAACAACCGCACUACACCUGAUCAGUAUACAAUGCCACGCAUUGAUGAUGCCUUGGACUCCUUGUCAGGCAGCCGAUGGUUCUCAGUCCUAGAUCUGCGUAGUGGCUACUAUCAGAUAGAGAUGGCUGAGGAGGACAAGGAAAAGACGGCAUUUAUUUGCCCCCUGGGCUUCUAUCAAUUUGAGCGCAUGCCACAAGGGAUCACGGGAGUACCUGCAACGUUCCAACGCUUACUGGAAAAGGCUGUUGGGGACAUGCAUCUUCUGGAAGCCCUUGUGUACUUGGACGACAACAUUGUCUUUGGCAGAACGCUUGAAGAGCAUGAGCAACGCCUCUUCAAGGUGUUGGACAGACUAGAGGAGAUUGGUUUGAAAGUCUCUAUUGACAAAUGCCAAUUCUCUGAGAUUGAGCAGUACAUUCGCACUUGUGGGAGGUGCAUCUCCAGGAAGACGCUCCCUCAGUGUGCCUCGCCCUUGAAUCAGAUAACAAGCAAUUGCCCACUAGACUUGGCCUGCAUUGAUUUCUUACAGAUAGAGCCUGAUUCUAAGGGUGUUGCAAAUGUGUUAGUUGUGACGGAUCACUAUACACAUUAUGCACAGGCAUUUCCUACCAAAGAUCAAAGAGCCAUUACCGUUGCAAGAGUCCUGUGGGAGAAGUACUUUGUGCACUACGGUCUACCUGCAUGAAUACACUCUGAUCAGGGCAGAGACUUUGAGAGUCGACUGAUCAAGGAGCUGUUGUCCAUGUUGGGGAUUCGGAAGUCACGGACGUCUCCCUACCACCCGCAAGGUGAUGCGCAACCGGAAAGAUUCAACAGAACCCUUCUAUCAAUGCUCGGUACCAUGGACACUGCAAAGAAACAGUGCUGGAGCCAGCGUAUCACCCACCUGGUACACGCGUACAAUUGUACAAGGAGUGAUGCCACAGGGUACUCACCUUAUUAUCUCAUGUUCGGGAGAGAAGCCAGACUGCUCAUCGACAUCUGCUUUGGAACCUCACCAAAUGGUGAAAGUGAGUCCUACCAACAGUAUGUUUCACGGAUGAGAAAAGAGUUGCAGGAUGCAUACAAACUCGCAUCAGAUGCAGCUACAAAAAAAUCAUCUGGAGAACAAAGCACAAUAUGA